AUGCGAGAGCACGAUGCUCGGCGCGAAGCUCCUAAACAGCUUCGCGAGCUUGGUGAAAAGAACGAAGCAUCCUUUCAUGUUAUAGUGCUGGGUUCUUCAGGCGGACCAUUAGAACACAAUGUGACCGGGCUUCUCAUUCGGGCGCCUCAGACAAAAUGGCGCAAGAGCUCAAUGAUUGCAGUCGACGCGGGCUCCCACCUUGCCAACAUCAUCCGUAUCCUCGAACGGCAGAUGCCUCCCUCCUCCGAACACCUCCCUCCAGCGGAUUACUCGAGGACACUCGAGGCUGGUCCCUUUGCGGGCAUCCCCUUUCCCAACAUCUCUGCAAAAGCAAAUGGAUUGCAUAUUUUCCGCGAGAUUCUACAUGCCUUCCUCAUUACACACCCUCAUCUUGACCAUCUGUCUGCAAUGGCAAUCAACACACCUGCCCUUGAGUACGGCCGCGAAGCCAAAGCCAUUGUAGCGCUGCCCUCCACCAUCGAGGCAAUCAAGAACCACAUCUUCAAUGAUUGGCUCUGGCCGAAUCUGUCUGACGAAGGCAAUGGAGUUGGAUUUGUGACUUAUAGAAGACUGAUCGAAGGAGGCAACCCUCGUCUCGGAUCUGGCGAUUCUCGGGGCUACGUCAAUGUGUGCGACGGUCUUGCUACCAAGUGUUGGGGCAUUAGCCAUGGGAAAUGUCAACGCAGAAGAGUUAGUCUCUCCGGGCACCAACAUAACGACUCCUUUGGCUACACGGGCGACUACACGUUUCCGUCACGACGUAUGAGCCGAAUUUCGGACGCAAGUCAUGAUUAUUUCGCGGCUGUGGCGCAACAGCAGCAACAGUCGCAUCUACCCUCGCAGCCAUAUAUACAUGGCACGUCUGCUGGACCUAUGACCCCUGGAGGGAGUGGUGUACCUCCGACUCCGGGCCCAGACCCGAAUUACCUGUUUGAGCCGGUAAGCAGCAGCGCGUUCUUCAUUCGGAACGAUGCCACUGGAAACGAGAUCUUGAUCUUUGGGGACGUCGAGCCAGACUCGGUCUCGAUAUCGCCCAGGAAUCAUGUCGUGUGGGAAGAUGCUGCAGGCAAGAUUGUGUCUAGCAGUCUCAAGGCCAUCUUCAUCGAAUGCUCGUAUGACGACAGUGUGCGAAACGAAGACCUGUACGGGCAUCUGUGUCCACGACAUCUCAUUGCAGAGUUGACGUUCCUGGCCAAGAGCGUCAUCAACAAGCGCAAGCAACACGCGGAUCAAAUGACGGGCAUAGACCAGCGGACUCAAAGUACCGCCCCGGUGGUCCCAGACAUGACCAUGCGUCAGCCACCAUCCCCUACUGAUCUGAGAAGAAAACGAAAACGAGCGGUGACGUCCCUGAAUGGCGAGUCUACACUUGUACCGACACUGGAAAUCGAAGAACCGACCAAUUUUGAUGGCACAGCCAGCGGGCUUCCAUCGACCGGUCCAUCCACGGCUAACACGGGGUAUGUUGGUACGAGAGCGACGUCACAUACGCACCUUCACCAGCACUCGAGGCGAAAGACUUCGAGGGAAGUCAACAGUCAUUCAAGCACGGCUUCGGUACCUCUUACCCCUGGCGGACGAGCGAAGCCUGCAUCGAUUCAGGCUAGCCCCAGGUCACCUACCACAGUCUACUCGUCUUCAGCGUCGCAGGGACAUGGACAUGGCGGUCAGUCGAGUUCGGGGCCGCUGCCUCGCGAAAAGCUUGGUGGACCGCUCAAGGGCAUCACUGUACAUGUCAUCCAUGUCAAAGACACGUUGAUGGAUGGACCUAGUCCCGGUGAUGUUAUCCUUGGACAGUUACGUGCUCAAGGCGAGGAAAUCGAGUUGGGUGUCGAGUUUAAUGUCACUCAUUGUGAGGAUAGCAUUUGGAUAUGA